AUGGCGAGGAUUCGAUCCUCUUCCGCGAAGGCUCCCUGCGUUUACCUGAGGAAACAUCGGAAGUGGCCGCAUUCUCCUUACAAGACCCAAUGGCACCAAACUUUCAAUCAGGUGCUGGCAAUGAAGUCACUGAAAGAAGCGGCGGCGGGGGCAACGUCGCAGCGCCGGCGGGAAGAAGAUCCCAGCAAAACGGGUCUUCUUUCUCCUCUGGUGAACUCCUUUAGCAUCUACAACUGCCACCCAACUCCUCAAGCAUAUCACUUCGUAUUUAAAACGCUGUCAAAAACCUCCCAGCUUCACGAUAUCCCUCCAGUUCUCGACCACCUGGAAACCGUCGAGCAAUUCGAAACUCCAGAGUUCAUCCUCGCCGAUCUAAUCAAAAUUUAUUGCAACGCGCGCGAGAUUGAGAAAGCUGUGGAUCUCUUCUCCAGAAUACCCAAGUUCAGGUGCGCCCCUACUGCAAUCUCGCUCAACACUCUGCUCUCUUUUGUCUGUAGAAGCAAUACUCGGAUGAAAAUGGUUCCUGAAAUUUUGUUGAAGAGUCAAGCUAUGAACAUUCGAAUGGAAGAAUCGAGCUUUCGUAUAUUGAUUUCAGCUCUUUGUAGAAUCAAGAGAGUUGCCCACGCAAUUGAGGUAUUCCACCGCAUGAUCGCUGAUGGGUUCAUUGUGGAGGCAGAGAUUUGCUCUUUUUUGCUCUCAUCCCUUUGCGAGCAAACAGAUGUUUCCAGCGCCGAUGUAAUUGGGUUUUUCGGAGAACUAAGGAAAUUAGGGUUUGUACCUGGAUUGAUCGAUUACGCCAACUUGAUGAGAUUUUUGGUGAAAGGAGGAUACAGUAAUGAUGCGGUAGAUGUUCUGGAUCAGAUGAAAUCAGAUGGAAUCAAGCCGGAUAUAGUCUGCUACAACUUGGUUCUGAAAGGGGCCGUGGACAGCCGAGAUUUUGCAUUAGCAGAUAAGGUGUUCGACGAAUUGCUCCUGUACGGUUUGGUCCCCGACAUUCGGACAUACAACGUUUACAUAGAUGGGUUGUGCAAGCAAGGCAAGAUGGAAGCUGGGAGCAAGAUGGUUGCAUCGAUGCAGGAGUUGGGAUGCAAGCCUGAUGUGGCCACUUUCAAUACUUUGCUGGCUGCACUGAGCAAGACUGGAAACAUGGAAGGCGCAAGGGAGCUUACAAGGGAGAUGGGUAGGAACGGAAUUGGGAAAGAUAUGCAGACAUAUGAGAUGCUGAUCAAGCUGUUCACCAGCCGUGGCGAAGUUCUGGAAGCAUGUGGUUUGGUGGAGGAACUGUUGCAUAAACGGUUAGAUGGGUUUGAUGUUGGUGUGGCUGGGAAUUUGAUUUGUAGGUUGUGCAGAAGUGGAUUGACCGAUAAAGCAGUGGAGUUAAUCGUUCAUAUGGCGGAGAGGAAUGUCUGUCCUGGUUUUGGAGCUUGGGAAGCAGUGCUCUUUAGCUGGGGAUCCAGACUGGAGUUUCCCGAAACUGCAUUCAUGGGUUUGGUGGACAGUGUACAGAUUGAAUGA